AUGAAAGCAUUUGAUAUCGUUGAGUUACUCAGUAUUAGUAUACCCAUCAUUCGUCCGAAGGAAACCAAGUUGAUCAUUGUGACAGGGGCGAUCGCGGUGGGGAAGACAACUUUCGCACAAGAUCUACUCGAUCAUCUCAUCAACCAAGGAUACCAUGCGACGUUACGUGUGGAGGUGACACGAACGCUUGAGAGUGAAUUAAGGUUAUAUCAGGAUGAUUCGAGAAAAUAUGCUUUCUUCUUUCAGUAUGCAAUGAUUCAAGCGUAUUACAAUGAGAUGAAAGAAAUUAAGAAAUUGAAAAAUUAUGAUUAUAUCAUUCUCGAUAGAACUCAUCUUGAUACAAUUCCAUUUACGAACGUGAUGAUCCCAGAUGAAGAUGGUGAAGUUUUGAUGUUGCUUGGUGAUAAAUUGAGUAAAAUUAAUUUUCCAUUUGAUGUCGCAAAGGUGAUAUAUCUGAAGCCAUCUCGUGAUAAGAUGUUAGAACGUUACAGAAUUCGUGAGCUUGAUGAGUGUGUGAAGGAUGGUUGUGUGGAUGUGGGUUAUGAUGAUGAUUAUCUUAUUGCGAUUUAUAAUCAAUAUGACUUGUGUAUGGAGCUCAUGGUGAGAAAAAAAUUGCAUAAAAUGGAAAUAAUAACACGUGAGAAUUUAUUGAUUGGUGAUUGUGAUUAUAAUGGUGUACAAUUUCAUUUUCUUCCUAUUGAUGUUGAUGAAUCAACGUUAUAUGAGACCGGUGAUUAUGUGUUGAGAUUACAUGGAAUUUUAACAAAUGGUCGUAAGAUGCGAAUUGAUGUGUAUGGAAUUAAACUAUUUUUCGAUAUCCUGAUAGAUGGAGUAGAUGUGGAUGAGAUGUUAUCAGAGAUCGAAUGUGAAUCACAUGAGGUUAUUCAAGCAAAACCGAUUAAUUUGUUUUGUAAGAACACCAAAGAAUUUGUUCGUUUUUACUUUAAGAAUGGUGGAAUUCGAUCGAAACAAUUGAAAAUGGUGAAGGAUCGAUAUGCGACAUAUUCUAAUGAUCUUACGUUUGGUAUAUUUGAAUCUCAA